UGGAGUCCUAAUAACCUCUGCGUAUUUAACUUCUGCCGGAGAUUCUAUACACAACUACAAUUUACCGAUUGGAUUCGUACCUGUGUUGGCUGUUGUUGUUAAUGAUGGAAAGACUACUGGAAUGAUUCACACUGCGAGAGCAGGAUUAACUUCUUUAAAGGAAGCAGAACAUUUUUUUGCUCUUGGUACAGAAGACUGGAGAAACUCUUGUUUUAACGCCACACAAUUUGCUUUUGAAUUUUGUAAAAGAAAAUUGAUCCCUUGGAAUGUGAAGGAUGAUGAACGAUUUUAUUUUCUUUAUGAUCCACCUGACCUUGAACGUAAAGGGAGUAGUGCUGGAAUUCCACUUUUGAUUGCAGUUUUAUCUAAAAUUUUGAAUAGAAAACCGGCAAAUGGUGAAAAAUUUUUAAAAUAUUUUUUCGUUAAAAAUAAAAUUUCUAGUAAAAUUUUUCGAUAAAUUUUAAAUAAGCUAAAAAGCAUGGAUAUAGAGAAUUUUCUCCCCUAAUUUAUCCUUUAUUUACAGAUAUUUGUGCAACUGGAAGAAUUACUGAUACUGGAUUGAUGGUUCGGGUUGGUGGUUUAAAAGAGAAGGUAUCGUCUCGUUUUGUUGUGUGUCCUUGACUAAACUUUUUUAUUUAAGGUGAAAGCUGCCCGAGCAUUUGGUUUUACUAAAAUUGUGUUGCCGAAAAGUAUGGAAGAAGACUUUAAUAAAAUUAAAGAAAAAUAUAGAAAAGGAAUUACACCAAUAUACGGAACAAAUUUCGAGGAUGUUUUUGAGCAUUUUUUUCCUCCGUUGCCUCCAACCUAAUUUAUUUUUUCUUUGCCUUAAUAUUGUCUCAUUAUUUAAAAAAUUUGAUUUAAUAAA